AUGCUCUUUGCCUGGGGCAGCCUGAUCAACUGUGCAGCGGACUUCUACAAGGACGGGGCCAAGAGCGCCAAGCCGGGCGCCUCCGUCACGGGCGGCCCGUUCCGCCUGGCAAGGCACAUCAACUGGUUUGGCGCUUGGAUGCGCUACAGCUCUUUCGCCCUCAUCAGCGGCACCCCACCAGCGCCUCUGGCUUUCUUUCCUCUCGCCUGGACCAUGCUCCUCAACUUGGCCUCCCUCCAGGAGCGCGACGCUCGCAAGGCCAAGCGCGUCGCCGACAAGGGUGAUGUGUACCUCACCACCACGCCCGCUGUGGUCCCGUGGCGGCUGCUGUUCUGA